AUGACCAUAAAAAGCAGCCGCGAAGACUUUGAAGCCGUCUUUCCCUCCCUGGUGCAGCGUGUCCUGACACAAACAAAGCAAUACGGCGUUCCCGAUUCCACUAUAGAAUGGUUUGAGAAGUCUUUAACGUACAACACUCUCAACGGAAAACUUAAUCGCGGACUCUCGGUCGUCGAUACCGGCACUAUUCUACUUAACCGACCUCUCAAUGACCUCGAAUUCCAUGAUCUUAGCGUUCUCGGAUGGAUGGUCGAGCUUCUCCAGGCCCACUUCCUCGUCCACGACGACAUCAUGGAUAACUCAAGCACUAGACGCGGCCAGCCCUGUUGGUACAAGCGGCCAGAAGUAGGGCUCCUCGCCAUCAACGACGGAACGAUGCUGCAUUCCUGCAUAUUUAUGCUCCUCAAGUCUCGGUUCCGUUCUCACCCGGCGUACAUUCAGCUUGUCGAGCUCUUGAAUGAAACCACGUUUCAGACUGUGUUGGGACAGUUAUGUGAGAUGAGUACGGCACCCCAGGAGACAGUGGAUUUGAAUAAAUUCUCCAUGGAGCGAUAUCUCUGCAUUGUGAGACACAAGACAGCAUACUAUAGUUUCUUCCUCCCCGUGGCGUUGGCAUUAUAUUACUUGCAGUAUGCGACCUCUGAAAAUCUGCGCCAGACACAGGAGAUUCUGCUUUAUAUGGGCGAGUAUUUCCAAAUCCAGGAUGAUUAUCUUGAUGUGUUUGGCGAUCCGGAUGUGACGGGAAAGGUGGGUACCGAUAUUCAGGAUAAUAAAUGUUCGUGGGUAAUCAAUGAGGCGUUGAGUGGGUGUUCAGGACCCCAGCGUCAGAUCCUGGAUGAAUGCUAUGGCAAGAGAAAUGAAGUCGCGGCGAUGAAAGUCAAAUCUGUGUUCGAGGAUCUUGAUAUCCAGUUGGUCUACCGGGAGCUCGAGCAAGAGUAUGUGAAGGAGUUGCGGAAGAGGAUCGAAACAGUUGAUGAAUCGGAGGGAUUAGACAAGAGAGUGUUUGAGAGACCAAUUCCAUUGAACACACCAACAGAGAUCGAACUUACCCCUCGUCAAUCCAUCAGAGUUACCCUCUUCGAUGCAAACCACUGUUCCGGGGCCGUAAUGUUUCUGAUCGAGGGCAAUGGAAAAGCUAUCUUGUAUACAGGUGACAUUAGAGCGGAAACAUGGUGGGUCAACAGCCUCAUCCGGCAUCCGAUCCUCAUUCCAUACACUCUCGGAAACAGACGGCUGGAUAAAAUUUACCUGGAUAAUACCUUUGCUCGCGCCUCUCACAUAUCGAAUGUAUUUCCGUCAAAAGCGGAAGGAAUAUCCGAACUCCUACGAAAGGUCGCUCCCUAUUCGGAUGAUACCACAUUCUAUUUCCGUGCCUGGACAUUCGGGUACGAGGAAGUUUGGGUCGCGCUCUCUGCUGCUCUGAACUCGAAGAUACAUCUGGAUCGAUACCAACUCGGUCUUUACAAAUCACUUGUCUCCCAAAGGACAGACGCAACCGAAGCGCCCGCCCUUUGUGGAUACGAGCUCGGGAAUCGGUCUGUUUCUGGAUGCCUGAGCGAGGACGAGCACUCUCGUAUUCACAGUUGCGAGCCAGGUGUACAAUGCUCAGCAGUUCCAUCCGAGAAAACGGUCUACAUUGUCCCGAUCGUCCAUCGCGGCGAAGAUGGGUCAAAAGUCCCCGAAAUCGGUAUCGGUGGCGGGGCUGGCGAUUUGUACCAGAUCCAUGAACUCGAGUUACCAGAUGAAUCAACAUUAAAGAAAUUAGACAGACUAUGUCUCGAACAGAUACAGGAUCCCCGAAGUCUCUCACAAACAAGGAAGGCUCUGUUUGAUGCAUUCAGAUCCAAGACCAAGGUUCUCUCGCUGGACAGUUACGGACUGACGAACGAUCAUGAAAUUUCUCUAGAUAAACUCAUACGUCUCCUCAGCCGUGGUCACUCCCGAGAAAAGCUCUGGCUAGAUGUAAUCCAACAUUCAUCGGAAAAAGAACCAAAUCCUAAGACAAUCCACUUCCCAUACUCCCGCCAUUCAUCCUACACCGAGCUAUGCGAGCUAGUCGCCGCAUUCAAACCCAAAGACAUCGUCCCUUGCACAGUUGAUCCUCUCACUUGGACCGAAGAUGUGUCCAUGCAGUCUUUAUUCGGCCAUCUCUGUUCAGGAAAAAACUUCGCUCACGACCAACACAUGCGAGACAUGCUAGCCCACGACCAAGAACUUCGCUCAAGAAAGAAACCACGACGUGAUGACACUAUCACGCCACAAUCAAGCCAGAUGACCUCCAGUUUGCCAGACAGCGUCGAAUCAUCAAUCCCAUCUAAACGCACAGCACCCCAUGAUCAUCCUCAAUCACUACCUAGUCUCAACGAAAUCUCUCAUCCCAUGUCAUCGGAAAAAACACCUCCCCUGAUCCAAUCUUCCCUAGAAACGGCAUCCGGCAUAGUAUCUUCUCCCAAAAGACCCUUUAUCUCAAUUUCCACUCCCAAGGCCAAAAAGACCAAGCAGAAUGAAAUCCGUCAAGCAUGGAACUUCCUCAACAACGCUCGAUCCGAACACCCAUUCUAUCAACUCGGAUCUCUCCCUUCAUCGUUCGACACCGAACCAGAAGAUGAGUCAAAGCACCUCACAUCUAACCACACGAAAGAAACUGGAUCUGGUAUCCACAACAUACCAAACGAAUCCCACCAUGAGAAUGAAUCGACUCAAAGCUCGGAAACUCCGCCUCAUCCAUCCGACAACAUGGAGAACAUCGAGAAAAUGGACCUUAAUCACGAAGACGACGAGGAAAUCAUCGAUGAUAGCCAGAAAACCCACUCUUUCUCCGUCCUUUCAUCAGAAUUCGAUUCUCCGGAACAGAUCUUAGAUCUCCACAAUGACACAAUACCACAUGACGACCAAACCCAUUCUCCAGAGCGAGAAACCAGUCAAAUGAUGUCUACUUCUGAUAUGCUCAAUGACAACGACCAAACGAACCCAACCCACACCCAUACAAACCGACCAUCGUUAAAUCGAUCAAGCUCGUCUCGAAACUGGAAAGCGGCGUAUCUCGCCGCUCGAGCAGACAGUUUUGAUGCCUGGGCGUCCAUGUCGCUUGUCUCGGCGGGCAAUAAUCAUACGGAGGAAGAGAUUGAACUUUGA